UAAGUGACUUCCCAAUUAAAUGUUAAUCUGAAUUUGGUAGAUAUAAAAUAUACUUUAUGAAGAACAUUCUCAUAAAAUUUCAUCAAAAAAUUCAUCCCGGAAGCCUCUCAACUGAAAGAGGCCUAAAAAUUUAACUUUUAGGCCUACCUUACAUAAAUAUUUUCCUAUAUACGGAGUAUAUAUAUAUAUAUAUAUAUAUAUAUAUAUAUAUAUAUAUAUAUAUAUAUAUUAUAACACACACACACAAAUAUUCCUAACAUGUAUACCUGACAGGAUCGUCACGAGGUGGUUCCUGGUGAUAUUUUUUGCUCAAAUGUUUUGAGGAUGUUCCUCAUGAAGUGCAGAUGAUCUCCACUAAAUUUGAGCAAAAAAUCAUUCGGGAAGGUAGUCAAAUGAUUUUUGAAGAUAACUGCAUUUUAUAUGUAUAUUUUAGCGUAAUUAUCUUCCAAAAAUCAAUUGACUGCCUUCCAGAUUUUCAAAUCUAAACAAUUUCUUUCGUUCUCCUAUUGCCAUGUUUAAUCAUUCAGAUAUACUACGUACAACAUUAAAUGAUCACUCGAAGGAACCUCAAGGGAGGAUGCUUCGUAAUCCACUAAUCCCCAUAGAUAGUCAUCCACUCUUCAUUUGCCAGGAUUCGAUCGAGUUUUUCCUCAAUCCAGUUUGAUGUACCUCUUCCUCUCCCCCACUUCCACUGGUCUCUGUUUUAAAUAGAAAUAAAGUAUUCUAGGAAUAUGAAUGAUAUGGGAAUCAAGCAAAAAUAGAAUCGAGUAUGGUGUAUUUGAUAAAGAAAUAUGGAUUAAUAAAUAAUUAUAUAAUGAUCUUGAAUAGUUCGAUUAGUGAGCUUUAAUACAGAAGAAUGGGGUAUUCUAUAGUGCGUAGGAUAGGAUUAAAUCUGUAUAAAUAAUAUGCUAACUAUUGCUUUCUUCUAAUACUAUUAAAUAAUAGGCUAUAAAGUUUGAGUGGAGUCUUCAGUAUCAAAAUAAGAGCAUAUCUCCCCUUCGUAAAGCUAGCUGGCUUUAUAUAUCUGACACACCCAUGACUUCCAAGUGCACGUUCACCAAAUUAGGCAUAGUAAGCUCCUUCUCCCCCGGAUUCGGUAAUUAGUUGUUAGACUUUAUCUACUACUGCAUUAUUCCUCCACUAGGCGAAAGAAUAGGGACUUCCUUCCCAAGAAUAGCAACCAAACUCCUGUUUUUCCUCCACUUGCAGUCUCUUGACUUCUUCAUAGCCUUCUUUUGUAUUUAUCCUCCUUUUAAAUACUCCCUCCGUCCCAAAUUGUUUUGCAAAGUCAACAUAAAAGUCAAACCUUCUUAUUGAUAGUUAAUUCAAUUUUUAAUAAUUAAAAUUUACAUAUUCUUAAACUACAUUAAAAUGUCUUCAAAGGUGUAAACUCCAAAUUGGAAUAUAAUUAAAAAUUAACAUCCUAAUUAAACGAAUAAAACGAAUUUGUUUGACCAAGAAAAGUCAAAGUUGCAACUCAAUUUGGGACGGAGGUAGUAUCAGCCAAAGCACGUUGGAGGGCUUCGGUCAGUUAGUGGGCCUCCUGGAUCCCUUCCUAUUGCUUCACCCGAUGGCCCAUAUAAAUGUAUUUUUUCUGGGCCCAACAGUAUCCUGUCAAAAGGAAUAUAUAUAAGCCCAGUGCUGUCGACUGCAUCACGGAACCCCGUAACAACCAUGGGGGUUGUGGCAGUCAACCUCUUCGUUCUGAAUCUAACAGCAUAUCGUUGAAAUCUCCUAGCAUGAUCCAGGGCUUAUCCGACAAAGUAGCAAGAUGUUUUAUAAGAUUCCAGGAGUCUCUCCUCCUACCUCUUUCUGGAAAACCAUAAUAGCUGGUGAAUCGCCAUUUCUGGUCAUCGGGUUUCAACUGUAUUUCAGUGUCAAUAUAGUUGCCCCUUAAUUUCCACCUCUAUACUGCUUCUCCACAUUAGGCACACCCCCCGCUCAACCCCUGGUUGUCCACCGAAAAAUGGUACCGAGAGUCGUUCGAUUUUGUCUCCAUCAAAAAAAGGAUCCAUAUAUAGUUUCUUGGAUUGUAUUAGAUCAACAAGGAUUUGCACUGUCGCUAGAUUUCCGAGGCCCAGGCAAUUCCAGCUUACGACUGACAUCUCCCUGGAUCGUCUUCUCGUUCGAAUUCACCCAUGCGUUCAGAAUCUUCUGGAUCAAAAUAACAGACCCUUCUGUUGAAACGACAAAGUUCCCUGCUCUUAUUCCAUUCAAGCUUGCCUCUGCGUUCAAAACUUCCAGAUCAAAAUUGCGAGCCCAAUAGAUGCAGAUCCUCCUGCGCUCGGUUCUACGUCCCCUGCUUAAUCCCACCGGCCACAACCAAGUCAAAUGCUUCAGAAAACUGUUCAAGACUAAACCGGGCGUAUGUCGGAGGCGCCGCCGUCGACCCAAAAAACCCUAGCGAAACACGCUAGGUCCGUCCGCCUUAAGCCAUGUUGGCACUUCUAAAAUAGAUGUCUCGUAUUCAAAUAUGGAAUGUCCAAGUAAUAAAGUGUUAUUAUGUGAAGUAAUCGCAUUUAGAAAUAGAGAUAUAAUACUUGAGGCACAUAUGCCUCGUUAAAAUAAGAAAGUGUCACAUGAAAUAGUAGGAUUAAGAUGGAAGAGAGAUAAUGCGCUUAUUGACUUAUGAGUUAUUAGCAUCUAUAAAUUUUUAUUUCAUAAUAAUCAGAUUCAUAACAUUUCUAAAAGUCAUAUUGUGCUAAGAAAAAGUGGUUGAAAGAUGUAUUUUUAGUUAGGAAUAUUGAAACAUUUGUGUCGAAUAAAUGGUUUCUAGUUUGACUUGGAUCGGAGUUUAACAAAAGGAGAAUAAAACAGAAAUGUAUGAUUGUGAUUGAGUAAGAAAAAAGUAAAUGAAUGUUAGUCACACAAAACUUUCCAAAAAGAAAAAUGAGAACAAUUUUUGGGAUGACCCAAAAAGAAAAGUGAGAACAAUUUUGUGGGACGGGUGGAGUACUAUUAGUAGCGGUGAGAAAGUAUGCAUCACUGUUGUUGGGAUAUUGGGUCCAGGCCCAAUAUCCCUAGGCCCAAACCCAGGAAGGAGCAGCAGGCCCAAGGCAGUCCUUAUCCCGAACGGCAUUCGGGAUAAAACUUAUACUUGGAACAUUUCGGGAAACAAUUAUGCCAAAGUAACAAGGGCCAGAUACCGAUCGGCGUUCGGGAUACUUCCAUUACAAGAUAACACCUAUUGCGGGGUCCCACACACCGAACACCUUGCCCGAACGGGCGGUCAGCAAGUGGAGGCCGCAUUUAAUACUGGAUCAUGGCGGCUGCAAGUGGGGGCAUGAGUGCUUACAUGGCAGAGGUGACAGCCUACCAGAUUCGGCCACGUGUCCACCUUACCCAUCCCCAUUUUAGUAUAAAUAUCCAUGUUUAGAUCAUUGUAAAGGGUUAGCAUUUUAAUACUCAGAGCUUAGCAAUAGAUUUAUAUCUCCUAUCCUUGUAUUCUCAUUAUCAUCUACCGUUCGGGUAGUUUCCGGUGUAAUUGCCUAAUCAUUGAAUACCA